GUACAAGUGUAAACUAACAGUACUCAGUGCUGUACACAACACCUGUACAUGGGGGUGUUAUGUGGGAGAUAGGGGUCGAAAAGGUGCAAGAGACGACCUAGAUUGAGUCCUGAUAAAACAGGACAGUUGAAAGUUGAAAGGUCAUCAGAUCUAGAGAUCCCAAGAGGUCAAAUAGCCAUGGCAUCAGCCCAGAAUGAGGUCAAGCCAGAUGUGCUAAAACUACACAUGGCCACAGCCUAUGACUGGGAGACGGAUAAGAACAAGAAGAAGGACAUCUUUGAUGAUGGAACAAUGUCCUUUUUCUGGCAAGCCCACACCCUGACAGUGCUGGUCAUGUUCGCUUGCUGCCUCCUGUACAUUGCACUGUUUGAUGAUCAGGUGAAUGACUCUGAAUACAACAGUAAAAGAGGAGUCAUUGCCAUGGUGCUUGCCUUUUUGUUGUUCGGAGUGACACAGACACCUGAUGGACCAUUCAGAAGGCCACAUCCAGCAUUCUGGCGUUUGGUGAUUUGUGUCAGCAUUGUUUAUGAACUUUGCCUUGUCUACCUCCUUUUCCAGUCAAAAAAGGAUGCCCGUCAGCUUCUUACCCACUUUGAUGACAGACUUGGGAGGGAGAUGCCGGAGAAAGCUUAUGGAGGGAAUUGUUUUAUUUACGACCCUGACAACACUGACCCAUUUCACAACCUGUGGGACAAAGUAGAUGUGUUUGUUCCAACUCAUUUCUUUGGGUGGUGGGCAAAGACGCUAAUACUGAGGGACUGGUGGUUAUGUACUGUGCUGAGUAUCAUGUUUGAAUUACUCGAGUAUACACUGGAACAUCAGCUGCCAAACUUUAGCGAAUGCUGGUGGGAUCACUGGAUCAUGGAUGCCCUGUUGUGUAACGGUCUGGGGAUCUACUUUGGUAUGAAGACACUCAACUACAUAUCUAUGAAACCAUAUCAUUGGAGAGGCAUGUGGAACAUACCCACAUACAGUGGGAAGAUCAAGAGACUAGCACUCCAGUUCACACCAUAUAGCUGGACAGACUUUGACUGGAAACCACUAUCAAGUCUCAAACGCUGGUUUGCCAUGCUUGGAGUCAUCGCCAUUUUCCUUCUGGCAGAGCUGAACACAUUUUACCUGAAGUUUGUUCUGUGGAUUCCACCGGAGCAUUACCUCAAUCUUACUCGCCUGUUCCUGUUCCUGUGCAUGGGUGGGGCUGCGCUGCGGGAGACAUUCCAGUACCUUGAUGACCCGACCUGUAAGAAGUUUGGACACCAAUCCUGGCUUAUCGCAGCCAUCAUCAUUACGGAGGGACUUAUUUGUGUCAAGUUUGACUGGGAGACCAUCAGUAAACCCCUUCCCACACAUGUCACUGUCUUCUGGUUGUGCGGUCUGCUUGGGCUUGUUCUUCUGACAGUGUGGAAGUUUUACAUUUACCGUGAUGUCAAAAGUGAUGUACCUUUAUCAAAACGCACAUUCCAAGAAUCAAAUGAUAGCUAUAGAAAUAAUAACUCUGAUUUGUCAAAGGAACAGAAAGAUGGUAAAAAUAUUAGGCACCGUUUUCAAACCUCCUGAUAUCUGAUUGGUGGGAAAAUGUUUCAAAAAACAUUUCAGAGGUCAAAAUAUUUUUGCUAGGGAUUUGUGCAUGUGUAAUUGAUGUUGAUAGAGGACGCAUCUGAUUGGUUCAUAACUUGGACUCAACUAACUUUAGUGUCCCCUCGAUGAUAUACUGUGUAACUUCCUUAGCCUCUGAGUAUUCUGGAAUAUUUUCCUGUCCAUGAUUGGAUUAUUUUCUCGUGAAAUGUUAUUAAUAUAAUUUACAAUCAGUUACUCUCUUGUUAAAAACGAAUUGAUUUGAACUAAAAAACAAAAACGAAAAGAAAAAAAGAAAAACAAAUACAUUUGUAUUAACACCAGAAUCACUCCCUAUGGCUAUUAUAAUCAAAAUAAUUUUUAAUUCAUACAUGACAAUCGUUCCGUAUAUUCCGGUUUGUUUGGUUACUACGCUUGCUCAAUACCCUAUAGAAUGUUUCACGUGUUCGGUCUGUGUGGAACAGGUUUUAGCAUUGUGCCUUGGUAAACUAUAUUUUUACACUGAAUUCAAUUAUAGGUGCUGAUGUGCUAUAAACAAUGUAUGAUAUAUUUAUAUAUAUAUAACAUAUUUUUAGCUUUUGCAUUUUUACAUUGAUGCAUGGAUACAUUUACUUUUACAAUGCUAUGAUUGGUGAAACAUGUUGUCACCUAGGUACACGUCGCCUGGUCAAACACUUCGUCUACAAUUUUAGGUAAUCACUCACCUAGUUAUAUAAAUAUACAUGUAAACAGUAUUAUUUUAUAAUAAUGAUGAAACAAUGAUAUUAAGCUUACAUUAAUUGCUAUUCAUUGCCCGGAUUGAGUCAUGGAGGGGGUCUUAAUGUUGGAGUAAACCGAAAAUUUUGAAAAAAAAUCACGUGGUCGGACAGGUGACCAAGUGCAUUCUCGUUUAUUGAGGAAAACUGUUUUUCUAGUGCUUACAUUUACAAAAAGGAUGUCUUAGGUGGUUAAGAUAUUUUAAACUGUUAAAUUUUGAAAUGAAGAAAGAAAUGAAACAGACUUGAAAUAAGUGUAUCUAAACUGAGAAAGAGUAUUUCUGUCAUUGAUAUCUGGCAUUGGCAAGUCGAUGAUGACAAUUGUUUCUUUUCUGUACAUUUGUUUCUAAGGAUCCCUGUACCCCUGCAUUGUGUUUUGUUUGGUAUAUACAGUCGCUUUUGAUGUUACUGCAGCGCAGUAGGGACGUGACACUUCUGUAGGCUAGGUAGCUCAGUUGGUUAAAACGAUUUGAGGUCUAGGGUUUGAAUCCUGGUCAAGCCACGCUGAUUUUUUUUUAC